AUUUUAUACUUUGACCGCCUUAACGAAGAAUCUCAAAACACUCUGAGGGCAUAUUCCAGAUUGUAACAACAGUUUUCGACUCUCACUUCAAGUCGAUCGCGUGAAGCCAUGAAUUUCGCAACCAAGAUCUUCAUCGUUGUGACUGUUAUCUGCUUGUCUGAAUUUAGUCAAGCAAGACGAGGUAAGUUAGCUCAGAUUGACUUCAUUUUCCUCUCCUAAAAUCUUAGUUAAAAGAACUUAAAUAUUUUGUAUUUACCACGAAGGAAUUUCAUUGAUUUUUGCCUCCGGAAUUUCGGUGGGUGAAUGUAAUGUUACGAAUCUCUGGACUUUUUCCCUCUCUCGCGUUCAACCACAACAAAUACCACAAUAGGCAUGUUCGUUUUAUUGAAUCGCUCUAUUCAUUGAAAAACAAAUGUGUAUGCCAAUAGAUUUCAUGAGACGUAAUUGCUGUAAACUGUAACCUUUCGAAAUGGCGCGCAAUGGGUUUCUUGUGAAAGUGAUUUACAUUGUCAUUAAAUGAACAGUGGGCCUGAGACAAAAGGUUUGAAGUUCGUGUAUUGUUAGAGUUGAUCUGGCAUGAAUAUAUUCAUCCUUUUAUAAAGCGAAAGACCUCAGUUAUAUGGGUUUUUGAAUAACAUCCAAAACACAGAAAAAAUGAAAAAUAAAAGCUUAUUUUUUUGUUUGUGUGUAGGAGGAAAGCAUCGCAAGAAUCCGGAAAAGUCGAACACGUCGAAGCUGGAUGUGCAGAAUGCGGUCAAUGGAUCGGUAGCUAUUGGGGCAGAGCAUGUAAACUCAACAGUUAGUCCGUCGACCGGUCCUCGCCGUCCACAGAAGGUGAAAAGUAAUGUGCUACGAAAAAUGUCGCAUAGGCGCCACAUGGAGAAACGCUGUUGCAGAAUCGGCUACCGUGCUGCAGAACGGAGGCUUUUUUGUAGAGUGGAUCGACAGUACAGUUCAAAAUACCGGAAUAUGAUUCAUUAUGCCAGGCAAAGAUUUCAAUAUACUGGUAAGCCGUCGCGUGGAAUGCAACGCCUUAUCCAGCAAUUUGAACGGCACUGCCUCAAACCCCAGCUAAAGGGAGUGUUCUACAAGUGCUGUCUUGACGGAAUCUACUCGGUUCUCCCGAAAGGCAGACAGUAAAUUUUGAUAAUUUACAGCUGAUAAUUUACUGUGGAACAAUGUGGACUAGUUCAUGUAAAUAUGUUUUUUUUUUCAGUUUAAUAAGGUCAUUUUUUAUUCAGCUUAACGUUCUCUUUGGGCAAGAUGCCUGGGCAUGAAUGUAGUGCUAUUUAGCUAAAUUUUUUCCUAAUAAACUUGUGGGGUGCUGUUUGGUUUACGAGUAUCGCAUUUCAGGAAUUUUAGAGAAGCACUGGUGUAUAUAUAUGUCUAGAAAGC